AUGGCUCCUGAAAAAAAUAUUCCAAUGGAACGACGCCGUUUCCUGUCGUUACCUUCGGUUCGCCCCUGCGUGGCGAUAUCACCCUCCGUCCUCAUAGCCUCGCUUAUCACGCUCGCCCAAAACAUAUGCAGCUUCAGCCCUAAUUCCUUUACCACGCAACGCAAAAACGCCAGAGAAACGACGCGUUUCAUCGCCAUUCUCCUGGCGCUCUUGGAGGAGCUCCACGAUCGCGGGUCAUUUAUACCCGACCCGAUCCGUCUCUGCUUGUCGGAUCUCCACCUUACCUUUCAGAAGAUCCUUCUCUUGAUGCAUGAUUGUUCUCGCGAAGACGCGCGCAUCUGGGUGCUGAUGAAAUCUCAAUACAUCGUCACGCAGUUCCGAGUUCUCAUUCGCGCAUUGGCCACCACCCUCCACGUGCUACCCCUUCGCAGCAUGGAUAUAAGCGCCGAAGUGAAAGACCUAGUGGAGUUGGUAACAAAGCAAACCAAGAGAGGGAAAAUGGAACUCCACGAAAACGAUGAGCGUGAACUGAAACGACUUCGUUUAAUUCUCGAUCGGCUCGAGAGAGGAAUUGAGCCUGACGUGGACACUGUGAAGGUGGUAAUCAACUACCUGGAGAUAAAAAAUUGGAGUUCUUGCAACGAAGAGGUGAAAUUUCUCGAAGAAGAAUUGAGCUACAAUGAAGAAGAGGUUAGUUUGUUGAGCAAUUUAAUAGGGUUCUUGCAUUACUCUAGAGUGGUCCUGUUUGAAACUAUUGAUUUCCAAUGUCUUGCAAUGGAACAAUCCCGAGCAAAGUGCAGUGUAGAAAAGUUAAGUUGCGUAGUGCCACGAGAUUUCCUGUGCCCGAUUUCGUUUGAGAUAAUGACUGAUCCUGUAACCAUAUCCACUGGUCAGACCUACAACCGAACCUCCAUUCAGAAAUGGCUGAAAUCAGGAAACAUCAAAUGCCCCAAAACACAAGAGAGUCUCGUCAACACGGAACUUCUCCCCAACAUAGCGCUCAAAAAGCUUAUCCAACAGUUCUGUUACGACAAUGGCGUAGCCGUUGUCUUUAAUCGGAUAAAUCUAAACAAAACCAGGACUAGUUCUGUACCCGCCGCGGCACAUGCCAUUCAGUUUUUGUCUUGGUUUAUCUCCCGGAGGCUUGUGUUUGGAACUGAGGAACAGAUAACCAAAGCUACCUAUGAAAUUCGUUUACUCGCGAAGUCCAAUGUUUUUUACAAGGUGUGUUUGGUGGAAAUGGGAACUGUGCCGCCAUUGUUGGAUCUUCUCACGGGGCAUGGGAGAAUCAUUCAAGAGAACGCGAUUCACGCUCUCAUGAAGCUCUCGAAGCAUCACAGAGGCCAGGAAGUGAUAAUCGAGAGUAGAGGGUUGGCGCCGAUUCUCAACGUUCUCAGACGAGGGCUUAGCCUAGAAGCGCGCCACGUGGCAGCCGAUAUCAUAUUCUACCUUUCCUCCGCGAAGGAGUACCGCAAAUUAAUAGGCGAAACCCCGAACGCGAUUCCAGCGCUGGUGGCGAUGGUGAAGGAAGGCACAACGUUUGGAAAAAAGAACAACUCGAAUGCGGUGAUUGCGAUUUUUGCGCUUCUUCUGCGGCGCGAGAACCACGCGAAGGUGGUGGCGGCGGGUGCAGUUCCUGCGCUUGUUAAUGUGGUGGCUUCUUCCGAUAAACCCGAAGCUGUAACCGAUUCGUUAGCGGUUCUGGUGGCGCUGGCGGAGAGUACGGACGGUGCUUAUGCGGUGUUUAAAGCGGAAGCGUUGCCUUUGGUGAGUGGGAUUUUGCAAUCUGCUACAUCGCGCGCAGAGGAGGAAUACUGUGUUUCCAUUUUGCUGGCUCUGUGUGUUAAUCUCGGUGAAGAAGCGAUUCGGGCUCUGGUGAAGGAAGCUUCGUGUAUGCCCUCGCUUUAUUCGCUUAUAACGGGCGGUACUCCGCACGCGUCGAAGAAAGCGCGUUCACUCGUAAACAUUAUAGUAGAUUUCACCCAGAAUGGAUUUACUGGUUCCUCCCUCUCACGGCAAAGAAUUUUGUAUUGUUAG